AAUGACUCGUCCUUUGGCCCGACUGGGAUUUCAUACCUCCACCGCCUCCCGCCGUGUUUGGCCAUCAGCAACGGUGGCUCCCCCCACUUCCACUGCCCCUCCCUCCUUUUCUUCCUUAUAUUCUCCCAUUUCCCGUGCGGCCCAAAUAUCUAGACACUUUUCGUCACCUCCCAAUAUGUCUUACACCGUCCGCAAGAUCGCCCAGCCCUACACCCUCGAGCACCGUGUGUUCGUCGAGAAGGAUGGCGUCCCUGUCUCUCCCUUCCACGACAUCCCCCUCUACGCCAAUGAGCAGCAGACCAUCCUGAACAUGGUCGUCGAGAUCCCUCGCUGGACCAACGCUAAGCAGGAGAUCUCCAAGGAUGACUUCCUCAACCCCAUCAAGCAGGACACCAAGAAGGGCAAGCUCCGUUUCGUCCGUAACUGCUUCCCCCACAAGGGUUACCUCUGGAACUACGGUGCCUUCCCCCGUACCUGGGAGGACCCCAACUCCGUCCACCCCGAGACCAAGGCCAAGGGUGACAACGACCCUCUCGAUGUUUGCGAGAUCGGUGAGCUUGUCGGCUAUCCCGGCCAGGUCAAGCAGGUCAAGGUCCUCGGUGUCAUGGCCCUGAUUGACGAGGAGGAGACUGACUGGAAGAUCAUUGUCAUCGACGUCAACGACCCUCUCGCCCCCAAGCUCAACGACAUUGAGGAUGUUGAGCGUCACCUCCCCGGUCUUCUGCGUGCCACCAACGAGUGGUUCCGCAUCUACAAGAUCCCCGACGGAAAGCCCGAGAACCAAUUCGCCUUCUCCGGCGAGUGCAAGAACAAGAAGUACGCCGAGGAUGUUAUCCGCGAGUGCUCCGAUGCCUGGGAGAAGCUCAUCUCCGGCAAGGCUCCCCGCGGCGAGAUCAGCCUCGCCAACUCUCAGGUUGAGGGCUCCGCCGACCGUGUUGACCAGUCCGCUCUCGCUUCCAUCCCCCGUGGCGAGAACCUUGCCCCUGCUCCCAUUGAUGGCAGCAUUGACAAGUGGUUCUUCAUCUCCGGUGCCGCUGUGUAA